GCCAUAGUUUAUGAAGGUCAGGACAAGAAUCCAGAAAUGUGCAGAGUUCUUCUCACUCAUGAAAUUAUGUGCAGCCGAUGCUGUGACAAGAAAAGCUGUGGAAACAGGAACGAGACUCCGUCAGACCCGGUGAUCAUUGACAGAUUCUUCCUAAAGUUCUUCCUCAAGUGCAAUCAGAACUGUCUGAAGAAUGCAGGGAAUCCACGAGACAUGCGCAGAUUCCAGGUUGUCGUAUCGACGACCGUCAAUGUGGACGGCCACGUCUUGGCUGUCUCCGACAACAUGUUUGUACACAACAAUUCCAAGCAUGGGCGAAGGGCUCGCAGACUCGACCCUUCAGAAGGUACGCCUCCUUAUCUGGAGAAUGCAGCCACCCCAUGCAUCAAGGCUAUCAGCCCCAGCGAGGGAUGGACCACUGGAGGUGCCACUGUCAUCAUCAUUGGGGACAACUUUUUCGAUGGCCUACAAGUCGUGUUUGGCACUAUGCUUGUAUGGAGUGAGCUGAUAACUCCCCACGCCAUCCGUGUUCAGACUCCGCCUCGGCACAUCCCUGGUGUUGUGGAAGUCACGCUGUCCUACAAGUCUAAGCAGUUCUGCAAAGGUGCCCCUGGGAGAUUUGUCUACACUGCCCUGAAUGAGCCCACUAUCGACUACGGUUUCCAGAGGCUGCAGAAGGUCAUCCCCAGACACCCUGGCGAUCCUGAGAGGUUACCAAAGGAGGUGUUACUGAAGAGGGCGGCCGAUCUUGUUGAAGCCCUGUAUGGAAUGCCCCAUAAUAAUCAGGAGAUCAUUCUGAAGAGGGCAGCCGACAUCGCAGAGGCCCUGUACAGCGUUCCCCGCAACCACAACCAAAUCCCGUCUCUCGCUAACACAGCCUCCCACGGCAUGAUGGGAGUCAACUCCUUCAGCAGCCAACUAGCAGUCAAUGUGUCUGAGUCACAAGGGAACGACCAAGUGGGCUACAGCCGGAACACCAGCAGUGUGUCCCCUCGGGGCUACAUCUCCAGCAGCACCCCACAGCAGUCGAGCUACAACACAGUCAGCAACAGCAUGAAUGGCUACGGCAACGCCGGUAUGAACCUGGGAGUGCCAAGCUCCCCUGGGUUCCUCAACGGAUCCUCUGCCAACUCCCCAUAUGGAAUUAAACAAAAGAGCGCCUUCGCCCCUGUGGUCCGACCCCAGGCCUCCCCACCCCCCUCCUGCACCAGCGCCAACGGCAACGGACUGCAAGGUGAGCCCCCCUCACCCCCUCAUCCUUUCCCUACGGACUACUGGUCAGAUACCGCUGCUCAGGCCUCUGUCCGGUUUGCCAUGUCCGGCCUGGUUGUCCCUCCAAUGUAAAUGCACUUUUGUCAUCUCAAGCACCAGUCGACACACUACCACUUCACAGGACACCUCCCCCCCUCUCGCCCCCAAGCACACUGCAAAACGCUGGUGUAUUGUAUAGUCAAUCGCUUGUUCUACGGAAAGAAAAAAAAAAGACUUUUUUAAUGACUGUCACAACCUACAGGAAAAAAAAAGAAUUUCACGAGGAACAAUGUUUUUUUUCUGUGGGAUUUUUUUUUCUUUUUUUCGUUCUCUCCCACAUUUUACUCCCCUUGAAGAGGACGCAGGAUGAUGAAGGAUUUAUUUUGUAUACCUGUCGAGCUGUGCUUUGGCCUUGGACAAGUCCAGUCAGACACUCUCAAUACUAAAAAAGGACUGUGUAGACUCACCAUCUGGUUGUAAAGUAAAAACACUGAUGUACAGUACAUUUGCCAACAAAUUUGUUUGCCUCAGAUUGUUCUGUUUGUUUCAACUCUCUUUUAAUAGAUCCACAACAGUUGUGCGUCUUUAUAAUGUGACUUUUUUGUAUUUUUACGUGUGAAAAAAAAAAUACACAGGGGCCAAGACGGUUUGAAUUUCAACUGGAAAAUUAUAUGAAAUAUAUAAUUUAGAAACUUGAUCAAAAAAAGUACAAUAAAUAUGAGUAAAAAAAAAAGAACAAAAAAAAAAUGGGGAGGGGCCGGGCAGACAAUGUUGUAUCAUGUUUCAUUCCUGCAUUUUAACUUAAAUUUUGUAAUUUAUUGUAGCUAGAAAUCAUCUUCAAAAGAAAAAAAAAUCUCUGACUCAACAAGCACACUGAUGUGUACAAAAACACUGCUCUGUUGAUGAAUAUGAUGUACUUCCACGUCUAGAGCUUCCUUUUAAGCAAGUGUGUUUUGCCAUGUUUUUUCAACUUUUUUGCUAGCACUGUAAAUUAAUGCAUUCCUAGGCUACUGUGAAGUCUGUUUCUUGUUGAUGAGGAGCAGUCUCCUUUUGGCUCCAACUCCCUUCGGUGUUUUAUAUGUAGUUAAAAAGAUGUAGACUAUUGUGAUAUUGCCAAACUUGUGCUAAAUAUUUAUACAUCUGUCUUUUUCAUGUUCUUUUAGAUCAACUAAAAAAAGGUAAAAAAAAAUUAUAAAAUCCAUUCAGAAUGUAGGAUAGUAGUUCAUUGUCACAUUUCUGUUUUAAUACACACUUGCGCUCACUGAAGGAAAUUUUGUAACAUAUCAACUAUAAAUAAUGUAUUUAUCUCUGAAAUUUUGUAUAUUGCUUUUCAUUAUGUAUGUAUUAAUCAUCAUGCCCUUAAUAUAGUGAUGCAGCACAGAUAAUUCAGCCAAGAACUGUUGCCUUCAUUUGUUUUUCUUUUUGUAUUUGAUGAAAUGCAAUGUGCAUAUACUUCAUGUGUAUCCUCAAAAUUUGUGUUACACCGUCAAGACUCUCUGUCCAUUUUUUUAAAGGGAAGUCAAACUUCAUUGUUUAUUUUUAUAUUGAUUUUAAAUUAUCUAUACAGACCAUUUUGGAGAAAACUUUGUUGGUUGUACUGUCAAAUAAAUUGUUUGUGAACCAUAUGAUAGUUGUUAAGAUCCAAUAGAGACUAACGUGCAUGAGGGACAACCUUGGAGAUAAAAAAAUGACUCCAUCUGUGGUUGUAUUUUUUUCUGUUUUGUAGAAUGUAUAGAAGUCAUUUUUACUCACCACUUAAGACUCUGCGACAUAGCUUAAAUGUGUUUACAGGGAWGAAAAUUUGAAAUUGCCAUCAUUUGGAAUGAAAACAGAAAUAAAAAAGUGAUGUUUUAUUAUUAAAAUUUUCAGUAAAAUGAAAUAACUCGAUAGUUCCUCAACUGUGGACUUCUUCAGUUUUAAGCACAGUUUGGAUGGCAGACAAACUGACAAUCAGGACCAAGAAAAAGACAGUAAGACCCAUCYGAGGACAAACCUGUGAUUCAUCUGUAAGAUGUAGUGUUUAGACAUUGCUAUGGAGAUAACUGUUUGAAAUCUGUGGAAAAGUGUAACAUCCAUAAAAACAAUGAAAACUGC